CUCACUUUGAGUCACAGCUGUGUGAAAGAUUGCAGAGCGCUCAAAUUUUAGCUUUAUUUCAAUUUUGGUUUUGUGAGUUAAAUUAUUGAAGAAAAAAAUUGCAGAAAAAUGUCGUGGUUUAUUCGAUCUCACGGUCAAUUAAUUAGGCAAGUGUGUGGAAGAGGUCGAACUCAAUUCAUUCAACAGCAAGCGUGUUAUUCCCAGCAAAACAUUCCCGAGCCGGUUGUCAAAGGAAAGAAAAAAUACGUUUAUACGGCAUUUUUGGGCGCCUCGUUGAUUGCAUUCGGCUAUUAUUUGAACAAAGAGAGAGAAUAUGCGUUAAUGAAAGAGCGUCAGAAGGCAUUGAAAAAAGCCGGCAUCGGUGGCAAAUGGGAAUUAUUCGAUCCACACGGCAAUAAAGUAUCAUCGGACAAUUUCAAAGGGAAAUGGUGUAUAAUUUAUUUCGGCUUUACACAUUGUCCAGAUAUUUGCCCCGACGAAAUGGAAAAAAUGGUAAACGUUGUGAAGGGUUUGGAGAAGGAAAAUAUCGAAUUACAACCGAUUUUCAUUACAAUCGAUCCAGACCGAGAUACGAAGGAAGUUGUUGGAAAAUAUGUCAAAGAAUUUUCGGACAAAAUUAUCGGUUUAACGGGGACGAUGGAAGAAAUAAAAAAAGUUUGUCACGCGUAUCAUGUUUACUUUAAGGCCGGUCCCAAAGAUAAAUCCGAUGAUUACAUUGUUGAUCAUACGAUAAUAUUGUAUUUGGUCGAUCCAAACGCAGAGUUCAUUGAUUAUUACGGUUUGGGCAAGACGGCAGACGAAAUUGUCUUAUCGGUGCAAGUGAACAUGGAUAAAUGGCGAAAGUUACACACGAACACCAGCUGGUUCACGCGACUCAUUUCAUAAGAAUUGUUUGCAUUGUUGUUCCUAGUCCGUUCAAAUGAAAAUAAAUUAAAUACAUGAAAAAAGAAAGAAAAAAAAACA